UGGUUUGAGCCUCGGAGUCUCCGCCCUUCUUCGUCAUUUUAGCAGGGUCCGCCCAGAUUUAAGGACUUCACUGGACUCCCAUAGCGGAAAAAACAAACGUAACGUUAUGGAGUUAAAUGCUUUGAUCGCCGGGGGUCAUGGUAUGCUUUAAUUGGAUCUAUCAUUUGUGAGAGUGAGUGUACAGAUCUAGAUGAAAAAUACCAACAUAUAGUAUUGCUGUGACAAUGCUUUUAACUGUGAAGGAAGACGAAUUUUCAGAAGGUCACUCGAGUGGAAGUGGAGUGGAGGAGAGAAAAAGUUCUUAGCCAAUGUGGUAAUAGCAAGUUGCUAGAUAGCGCAGCUGAUUGACACACUUAUCAGCUAACCUACAUUUAAACAUAAUCUUAUUUUUUCUUAUCUAUUCUUCUACCUAGCCAGUUGGCUAGCUGGGAACUACUUUUAAGGUCUAAAAGUACAACUGGCUUGCAUGCUACGUGGAUAUAAUGUUGUCGUUAGCCAGCUAACGUUUACUAAUAUCGUUUGCUAACAUGAGUAGCCAGGUAACGUCAACUAAGGUUAACACUGACGGUAACCUUGAGUGAUCUAAAUGUGUUCGCAUGUACUUCACCAAGUUCAAUCAAUCCUCGUUCGUUAUUUUAACGGUAAGUCAUGCGCAACUCGCAUCUCCCCAGAUAUGUUCAGGUAGGUGAUGUGUUGUCUUGAGAUAGUAUGCUGACUUGUGAAUAGUCAACGUUAUGAACCAGGAUUAAGCUAUCAAACGUUAGCCUACAUGUUGAACUGAGAAUAAGUGCCUGUAACACAGUCUUGUACACACAUGAAACAUACUUCCUAUUUCUACAUCCUAUACCUGUUCUAAUUUUUAGCACGUUUUUAAAUACUUAACAGAUAAGUAGCGUUUUUUUUAAUAAGACAUUGCCUGUCCAUUCAACAUCUAGUUUAACACUAUUGGUUUAGUUUAACCAAAGAAAAUGCUGGCCUCUUACUUAAAACUUCCUGCACAUCUUAGAAAAGCCUCAGCAGCCCGUAAAGCAGCUUUGCUUCUGGUUGCUGCCUAUGGCAUCAAAAAACUCUACCCACACAUUUAUGCCAAGUUCACAGGCAAGACUAGUAAACAGUCCUCGGGGCCCCUAUCGCUUGACACAAACGGGGAGCCCCGGGGCCUGUCAGACAAGGAGAAGAGGAGAAGCCGCUCCCCGGCUGUCAACCGUGAGUUCCUGGCGAGGCUGGGUCACCUGUUGCGCAUCCUCUUCCCCCGACUCUUCUGUAAAGAGAUGGCCUUGCUUGGCUUCCACUCUGUAGCCCUCAUGUCACGCACAUUCCUCUCCAUCUAUGUGGCCAGCCUGGACGGCCGCAUUGUCAAGACCAUUGUGAAGAAGGAUCCGCAGGCGUUUGCGUGGGAGCUGACCAAGUGGCUCCUGAUCGCCAUCCCCGCCACCUUUGUGAACAGCGUGAUCCGCUACCUGGAGGGUCAGCUGACCCUGGCCUUCCGCACGCGGCUGGUCUCCCACGCCUACCAGCUCUACUUCAGCAAUCAGACCUACUACCGCGUCAGCAACCUGGACGGCCGGCUGGCCAACCCAGACCAGUCCCUGACCGAGGACGUGGUGAUGUUCGCUGCCUCCGUCUCCCACCUCUACUCCAACCUGACCAAACCCAUCCUGGAUGUGGUGGUCACCUGUUACACCCUGAUCAAGGCAGCUGAAUCCAAAGGUGCCAACACCAACUGGCCGGCGGCCAUAGCGGGCGUCGCAGUGGGCCUCACAGGGUUGGUGCUGCGGGCGUUCUCCCCGAGCUUCGGGAAGCUGGUGGCUGAGGAGGCCAGGAGGAAAGGAGACCUGCGCUACAUGCACUCGCGCAUUAUCGCCAAUUCAGAGGAGAUUGCCUUCUAUGGGGGACACAAGGUGGAGAUGUCCCAGCUUCAGCGCAGCUACAAGGCCUUGUCCUCCCAGAUCAACCUCAUCCUGUUCAAGCGCCUGUGGUACGUCAUGCUGGAGCAGUUCCUCAUGAAGUACGUGUGGAGCUCCGCAGGGCUGACCAUGGUGGCCGUGCCCAUCAUCACGGCCACAGGCUACUCCAAGCAUGAUUCAGAAGAUGUGAAGCAGGCUGCUAUGGUGAUGAAGGAGGAGGACCUGGUGAGCGACCGCACGGAGGCCUUCACUACGGCCCGGAACCUUCUGAACGCCGCAGCUGACGCUGUGGAGAGGAUCAUGAGCUCCUACAAAGAGGUCACAGAGCUGGCGGGCUACACGGCACGUGUGCACGAGAUGUUCACCGUGUUCGAGGAUGUGCAGGCAGGAGUGUACCGGCGAUCUGCCAGCAGUGAGGAGGAGCCCCAGGCCUCCGAGGGCAAGCUGCAGGGGGCAGUAAAGCACGGCAUGAGGGUGGAAGGACCGCUGGAAGUCAGAGGUCAGGUGAUUGAUGUGGAACAUAAUAUCAGAUGUGAGAACCUGCCCAUCAUCACUCCCACUGGAGAUGUAGUCGUAUCCUCCCUCAACAUCCAGGUGGAUGAGGGGAUGCAUUUGCUGAUUACCGGACCUAAUGGCUGUGGUAAAAGUUCCCUCUUCCGCAUUCUUAGCGGCUUGUGGCCUGUUUACAAUGGAGUCCUGUACAAGCCAUCACCCAAACACAUGUUCUACAUCCCACAGAGGCCGUACAUGUCUGUGGGCACCCUCCGCGACCAGGUGAUCUACCCCCACACAGUGGAGGAUAUGAGUGAGAAGGGUUUCACAGACGAGCAGCUGGAGGACAUCCUCCGGAUCGUCAACCUGCGCUACAUCCUGGAGAGGGAGGGAGGUUGGGAUGUGGAGAGUGACUGGAAGGACGUGCUGUCAGGAGGGGAGAAACAGCGGAUGGGAAUGGCCCGGAUGUUCUACCACAAGCCUAAAUAUGCCCUGUUGGACGAAUGCACCAGUGCUGUUAGCAUUGAUGUGGAGGGCAAAAUAUUCGAAGCUGCUAAGGAUGCUGGGAUUGCACUUCUCUCAAUCACACAUCGGCCCUCCCUAUGGAAGUACCACUCGCACCUGCUGCAGUUUGACGGCGAGGGCGGCUGGCGCUUCGAGAAGCUGGACGCCUCCACGCGCCUCUCCCUGCAGGACGAGAAACUGCGGCUGGAGACCCAGCUCUCGGGCAUUCCCAAGAUGCAGCAGCGGCUGGCGGACCUGUGCCGCAUGCUGGGCGAGGACAGCGGCGCCCUGCCCGCGCUGGGGGAGGGGCCAGGGGACGGGGAGGGGCUAGAAGAGAAGACUGAGGAGGCGUUGUUGGGACAAAAGGGAGAGGAGUAGAGGAGAUGAGGAGGGUAGGGGGUGAAUACAUAUGCCAGGCCAGGUGUGCGAGUGUUUUAAUGGGUUUGUUUCUGCUGGAGUGUGUGUGUGUGUGUGUGUGUGUGUGAGAGAGAGUGAGUGCGACAGUGGCAGGGAGGGAGGGAGAGAGAAAGAGAGGUGGUGGGAAAGAGAACAAAUAAAUUGAUACUGGAAGUGAGUGUAUGAAAUGCAGAUGGCGUUGGAUCAGGAGUGGAACGGUGAGGCCUUAACAAGCCGGGGAGUGUCGGUGGCACUCACCCUUGUGCAUGAAUGUCAGCAAGAGUUUAUUCCCCUGCCUGGGUUAUGCACGGGGGGUGGGGGGGUUUGGUGUUUGGAGGGGGUAGUGAAGAAACAGCUGCCAACUCUGCCAGGUGCUGUGGAAUGAUGAAAGCCCCCAUGAAAGCUGUCUCUUGCCUGUUAUCUGAAUUCUCCACUGAAUUUCAGGGAGGCUGUGGUACAAACGCCGCUGAGCCCCAGUGGGAAAACGCUGCAUACAUUACUGACUCUAGUACUGUAUAUCACCAUUAUUUUUUGUGUUGGGAUUUCUUUUUAUCCAUUGUGUCCGCUUGCUGUACACUGCGAAACUGUCUGCUGGGUGAGGCGUAACCACUUGUAGACCUGUGCCAUGUUUUUCAUGACAUCUUUGUUUGACCUCGCCAACUUUUUUUUUAUUUUGGCAUCACUUUGCUUCUUCGGUUAUUUCAGUUGAACUGAUAAGAGUUCACGGUUCACUGAUUAGAGUUGAACAAUGUUCAAUUGGGAGUAUUUUUAUUUUUUUUUUCAUUCUUUUGAAUGUUACUUUUUAACUUUAAAUGGUCCUUUCAGUUUUAGAAAUUAUUGCUGUACUUUUGAGUAGAUAAUUUCAUUUAUUUUCACUGAAAUUGUAUUUGUUUGUAAUCAAUGAAGGCUUCGUAUUAAGGGCUAACAGUUUGACUAAACUGUAGAUGAAAUUUAAGACCACAGCAAAAUCUUAAAAUUGUAGCUCAGAAAUUGAUUUUAUGACUUGCAUGGUUUACACAUAGCUAAGCUGUUCUUUGCUGUGCUGUAUAUUGGAUUUGUCUGAUUCAUGAAUGUUUUUAUUGUUGAGAUUUUAUGCUCAUAUGUCUUUGAGACACACAGAGGAUAGGACAAAAAUCUCAUUAAACAUUUCUUAUGGUAGUAUGUAUGAUGACCUAGUCUUGACCAAAAAACAUUUAUUUUUAAUUUGAACUGUUUAAUUGUAGUUUGAAUCAAUCACUUUAAUCCAAAAGGAUUUUAUAAAGUCAGUUCUUGCACAAUUAUUUUGUAUUAUUAGUUCUAGUAAUCCUAACAUGUAGAGAUUUCCUUAUUUAGUAGAUGCUAAUGAAUAUGUUGAUGAUGGUUUGGCUGAUGAGUAAUAUCCCCUCAGGAAUUUGCACAAGUAUGGAAGAGAAUUCUAUUUGAACUCUUGCCCAGACAUCAUUUAUAUGUAUCUUCAGGUCAGUCAGCGUGCCUCCACUGGUUCCAAGCAAUACUGGCCAAUUGUAUUUGGGGGGCCUUCUAAAAAUCAGAACGCUCUGCAGCAUCAGUCCAAGCAUAAUCAGAAGGCUGCUGAAACCUGCCCCACAAAGACUCUAUGCACAUUAUUAUUAUUUCCUCAGUGCCAUUUUUAAUUAGGUAAAUAAAAUUAUAACUGAUUUA